GAAGCUCGAGAAUUAUGUAAGAGUGACGUGUUGUUAUCCCCUCUCGGCCAGCCCACCUCCUGGCAGGAACGUGGCUGUUUGUUUUCCUUUCAUCCUCGUUCGCUUGGAAAAGCCAAAAGGACAUCUGUGGGAGUCAGCGGUUGAGGACAGGACCCUUAGUGGUCACGCCGCGGGAACCGCGCAGCACUGGACGCUCAAUCUGUGGCUCAGUCUCCUGGAGAAAGUGAUGCACUGAGGCGCAAGAACAGACAAGUUUGAUGAUGCCAAAGGAGAUGAGUAGACACUCAUCACUUCAGGUUGGGAUCAGGGAGUGUAGCAGCAGUUAGUGAUGAGGUCCAUGGGAUGUUCAUAAAGGAGAGUUAGAAGAUGAAGUUUAAGAAGUUCAUCACGAUCAUGCAGGCAGCGAUGGGGAUUGUACCCUUAAACAAACGGGAGCUGCUGCCACCAGGCAGGAAACUGUGGAGACCCCCAGGGGAUCAGCCUGGCUCUGACCAGACCAGCACUGACCUCCUCAAGUGCAGCAGAAAGUUCUGCUGGUCCAGAGAAGCCCAGUACUUGUAUCUUCGCCGCCUGUCUUCACGCAGCUUCUCGGCUAUUAUGAUGAACCCGGUCAUGGAGGAGACCGUGUGGGAGCAAUACACCGUGACCUUGCAUAGGGAUUCGAAGAUGGGCUUUGGCAUUGCUGUAUCAGGAGGGCGGGAUAACCCAAACGAGGACACUGGCGAGACGUCCAUCGUGGUAUCUGAUGUCCUGCAGGGAGGGCCAGCUGAUGGAUUGUUGUUUGAAAAUGACAGAGUAGUGCAGGUGAACGCCAUCCCCAUGGAUGGAGCCAUCCACUCGUUCGCUGUCCAGACCCUCAGGAAGUGUGGCAAAGUAGCAAAAAUUACAGUCAAGAGGCCCAGAAAGGUUCCAGUCAAUGUGCUCAAUCGUCAGCCAUCACCUGACGACAGAGUCUUCAACAAUGACUACAAUGAUGACUACAACUAUGAUCAAGACCGACGUAGCGUGUACAGCGCUAGGAGUGGCGGAGGCCGGGACCAAAGCCUGGAGAGGGAGCGAGGCGGCUACAUGGACUCCGGCUACCACACACGUGAUCGUGACUAUGACCGGCGGGAACGUGGCAGGAGCACAGAGAGAGACCUCAGCCCGGACCGCCAGUACCGGCGAGAUGGCAGCAGAGGCCGCACUUUGGAUAGAGAGUACAGCCCAGAUCGCCGCUAUAAGAGCGAGCAUGCGCUUGACCGUGACUACAGCCCAGACAGAAGGUACCGCAGCGACCGCACAUUAGACCGAGAUUACAGUCCUGAUCGGCGUUUCCGCAGCGAUCGAGCCCUGGACCACAGCCCCGACCGACGCUACCGAAGCGACCGAGCCCUGGACCGCAACGAGAGCCCCGAUCUGCGCUACAGGCGUGACAGUCCAGGACGAGGCCGUGGCCGCGAUCAAAGCUACGAUCGAGGACUUGACCGCAUCGCAAAUGAGCCACGGAAAUAUGACGAGCCAAUAAAGCGAAGUGCAAGCAGGGACCGCCUUGAACGCACACCGUCACCUGCUGCCGUGCCCCUCCCUCUGCCACGCCCUGCCCGGGAUCUGGAGCCGCUGGAGAAACCUGUGAAUGUGCUACUGCUGAAAAACCAUCCCAACGAAGAAUAUGGCCUUCGUCUGGGCAGCCAGCUCUUCAUCAAAGAGAUGACCAGCACAGGACUUGCCAGCAAGGAUGGAAACCUGCAGGAAGGGGACAUUAUUCUGAAGAUUAAUGGGACUGUGACAGAAAACCUGUCUCUCAGCGAUGCCGGGAAGCUGAUUGAGAAGUCCCGUGGGAAGCUACAGCUGGUGGUGCAGCGAGACAGGAAGAAGAUCCUGGUCCGAAUCCCGCCAAUGGUCGACAGCGACUCGGAGCUCGACGAUAUCUCUGAGAUCGAGUCGUACCGCUCCUAUUCUCCACAGGAUGACAGACGGGCCCACCACUCUGACCUCUCCUCCCAUUCCUCCAAUGAGAGACUUCGAGACAAGCCCAGAGAGGAACCGCCUAGCAGGCUGGCAAAAAUGGGUGCCAUGCCGACCCCAUUCAGAGGUGCCGACAGAGACGUUGAAGAUAAGGCUGCUUUGCACGCAGAGAGGGAGGAGCCACGCUCCGAGACACCACCAGUACCAGCUGCCAGUGUCGCCCCAAAGGUUCACGCUCCCCCUAAAGUGCCACUAAAGCCAAGUGCAGAAGACCUGGAAAUAUACGGGCCGAACACGGUGAUGGUGCGUUUCCAGAAAGGUGACAGUGUGGGUCUGCGGCUGGCGGGAGGAAAUGAUGUCGGCAUCUUUAUCGCCGGUGUUCAGGAGGACAGUGCAGCAGAGCAGGAGGGUCUCCGGACAGGAGAUCAGAUCAUGAGGGUGAACAACAGAGACUUCAGAGGCAUGGUGCGUGAAGAUGCUGUUCUCUACCUCCUGGAGAUUCCUAAAGGAGAGGAAGUUACCAUUCUUGCACAGAGCAAGCCUGAAGUGUAUAAAGAUGUCUUAGCAUCUGGCAGAGGCGACUCCUUCUUCAUUAGAACCCACUUUGAAUAUGAGAAGGAGGCCCCGCAGAGCCUUCCUUUCUCCAGGGGGGAGAUCUUCAAAGUGACGGACACACUCUAUGAUGGCAAACUCGGCAACUGGCUGGCAAUCCGUAGUGACAAAAACAACCAGCUGUUAGAAAAGGGAAUCAUCCCCAACAAGAGCAGAGCAGAGCAAAUGGCUAACGUCCAGAAUGCUGCACGGGCUGCAUCGGGCAAUGACAGAGGAGACUUCUGGAGGAUGAGGGGCCAAAGAGCUGCAAAGAAGAAAGAUUUGCGCAAGAGUCGAGACGACCAGGGUAACGUUCCGGUUACACGCUUCCCCGCCUACGAGAGAGUGGUAUUACGUGAAGCUGGUUUCAGGAGACCGGUGGUGAUAUUUGGGCCCAUUUCUGACGUAGUUAACGAAAAACUGGCUACUGAACUUCCUGAUCAGUUUGUCAUUGCUAAAACUGAGCCCAAGGAUGCAGGAAGUGAGAAGUCCUCGGGGGUGGUGAGAUUGAACUCUAUCCGGCAAAUCAUUGAACAGGACCGUCACGCUCUGCUGGACGUGACUCCCAAAGCUGUGGACACCCUGAAUUACACUCAGUGGUACCCCAUCGUCCUUUUCCUGAACCCUGACAGCAAACAAGGUCUGAAGACCAUGAGAAACCGCCUCAUACCCGGAUCCAACCGCAGCGCACGCAAACUGUAUGAGCAGGCCCUUAGGCUGAAAAAGAGCUGUUCACACCUUUUCACGGACACCAUCGACUUGAACUCGGCCAAUGACGCAUGGUAUGGCAGUGUGAAAGAUUUAAUUCGGGAGCAGCAAGAUAAAGCUGUGUGGGUGUGCGAGGGCAAGGUGGAUGGUUCAGAGGAGGACCUAGAUCUCCAAGACGACCGCAUGUCCUACCUGUCGGCAAUGAGUGACUACCUCAGCAUGGACAGCCGGAUGACCAGCGACUAUGAUGACACAGCGGACGAGGGCGGGGCGUACACUGACAAUGAGCUGGACGAGACACUGGAUGAACCCCAGCCUGUGUCGGCCAUCAGUCGAUCAUCAGAACCUGUACUGCCCGACGAGCGGCCUCACCCUGAACCCCGUGUACGUAUGAGAAGAGAGGUGAACAGAGAGCCAAGCCCUCCCCCUUCUUUCGUCCCUGAACCCCCAAAGGUUCGUGCUCAGACUCGAACUGACUCCACACGGAGCUACGAGUCACACUCCAGCAGCACCAUUAGCAGCGACGCAGUGGGCGGAAACAAGCCGCCUCCCCCUCCCGUGAAGCCUGUGAAGCCCACUAUCGCCCGCCAACCAGUGAACCAGUCGUCAGAAGAUCAGAGUCCGGGGAAAGACGACGAAGCGGAGGACCCCGCCAACAAAUCCUUCCUGGGCAAGAAAAUGGGUGACCAGAUUAAAGCGUUUGAGAAGAUGGACCAUCUGGCAAGAGCUCAGAGGCUCCUGGAGCUACAGGAGGCAGAAAACGCUCGAUUGGAAAUCGCCCAGAAGCAUCCAGAUCUCUACGCUGUCCCAGUGAAGCUGCCAAAACCCAACCUCAGCCGUCCUCAGCCAAUAGGUUCAAGCUCCAUCCCCGAGCCACAGACUCCCUCCAGGCCGCCGUACUCUGAGUCGAGAGGACACGAGGACGACGAGGACGACUACCGCCGCCAGCUGGCCGACCAGACCAAGAGAGGAUAUUACAACCCCCAGAAAUACAAAGACACUGAGCUGUAAGGCUGGGAAAGCAGGAAGUGACAUCAUCACCGAUCAAAACUCUUCGAACUUCUUGUCGUGUCGUCAGUUUCAGACACUUUUCGCGUCCCUUGUUGUGCAGAAAGCGUGGUGCCCCACGCACACAAACGCACACAGAUAUCUCUGGUCUACCUUUGCCACUCGCCGUUACAGAAACUGUGCACAGCUGAUGUUUCAAUGUAAAUAUUCUGUUGGUGUCUGUGAUCUAUAUUUUAUUUUCCCGCCUUUAUUCCGGGACUCAGUUUGUGCCUACCGUGUGUCACCAUCACACAGUAAAACGCCCAAUGUUUGGAAGGAUAAGAAGCAUAAAAGAAAUGUAAACACGUCACUUGAAGCCAUUUCAAACAGCUGGAGACGUCACAUUUUUAUACUCCCUUUUUGAACAGAAGAAAAAUUCAUGAACUUAAAACACAGCAAUGCAAAUUAACUAUAAUGGCGCAAUUGUGUCCUAAAUUUAAGGUUCAUGCUCUGCUGCUUAGGUCCUCUGCAGGUGGGACACAAAAGUAUGAAUAUAGUAUGAAUACAUGAAGUGAAACUUGAUGAACAGUCGAGGCCAAAAGUUUGGCAGUGGCACAAAUUUUUUUCAUUUAGAUUAUAUAUGUGAUGCGCUUUGAAUACUUUUACUGGUAAAUUUAUGCAAAGAGUGAGUAUUUGCAGAUCUGCCCAUUCUUCAUAACAUCUGCUGUUUUCUGUGGUUUGCUGGGUAUCAGCUUCUGGGCCAAAUCCUGAUGGAUGGUGAUCUGUUUCUGUUGACCUUUGAGUCUUGAUGGGUUGACAUCACUUUUGCCUUGUGACAUGGUGAAAAUGCACCAUGUUAUUUUCGCCAUGACAUGGUACAUACAGCAGCAAUUGUCACCAAAUUGCUGCUGUAUGAGCUGUUUGUUGUUUGUUUUUGUUUGUUUUUGUUUUUUUUUUAGUAUGGUCAAUCCUUACAAAGUGAGUUGACAAACAGGCAGAAGUCAGGAUUUGGACCAGGAGUCAAUGCCCAGCAACUUCAAACUUCAAUAAAUUCUGGAGCGGCAAAGUGUGACAAGCACAAAAUUUCUGCUACUACCUAAACGUUUGACCAUGACUGUAGAAAGAUUGUUGUAUCACAAUAUGAAAGUCCCUGGUUUGAGCUUGCUGUCUGGGACCUUCAGGUGGGUGUAGACUCUCUUGGAAAGCUCCGGUUCCAGGGGUUGACUGUUGUCUGGCGCCACCAGUCCAGGGUAUACCUGUCUGUCCUCGAGUGAUGGAUGGAAUAGUCUCAAGAAAUCAUAAUAAAAAAGUUUUUCAGGUUUUCAUAAUUAAACAAUAAUGUGAAGCAACAGAAAUAGCUGUUGAUCCCACUGAGUUGCCGAAUACCAUCAGUGCUGCGCGUGGAGCAGGUGCAAACCUUUUGGACACAAUAAAAAUGUAACAAAUGUAAAAUUAAAACCAGCUAAAAACACUGUAAAGAUACAACUAAUGCCUGUUAUUGAUACACCGUGCAGUUAUUUUACAUUGUGAUGGUGAAUACACGAGGCUGAAACUGAAGCGAGCAAACGCCCAAAUCACUGUUACAGUUCUGUGGACUGCACCUCAGCUUUUUCACCAAUUUUGUGCGUUUUUGUGAGGCGCCACAUGCUUCGGGCACGCUCCUCUGGUGUUAAUUGUCCUCUAAUCGCACCUCCCCUGCUGAACUACACAUUCCAAAGUGGACGCCUGCGUCUGCAGCACGCCGCUGUGUGAGCUGUGCAGUCUGGGAAGCAGCUUAUUCUCAAGUGCCUUGCAGCUCUGAUUUCAGCUCGGGAGAUAAAGGCUUCUACCUAAAAAGCACUUGUUUUGUUUUAACUGCUGUUGUAAACUGAACCAAGCAGAGGUUGGAAAGUAUUUUCAGUACAGUUACUGCACACAGUCGAAAUACACGAGUAGAUUUAAACUGGAAACAUCUUUCCUUUGUUCUUUGCUUUUGCUUUAGAAGAGCAUUGCAGUCACUGAAGAGAUGCGAAGUCAGAAAUAGGAGAUUCAGAUGGAUUGCAUGAAUGCAGCAUCUGUAUCUCAUCAUUGCAUAAUAAUUACCAAAAGAUUGCGCCCCCCCCCCCCUUUUCUUUUCUUUUCUUUUUUUAAUUUAGUACUUUGGCGAAUGCAGGGCUCUUGGAUAAGAUGGGGAAGCUGUGCAGCUGCCUGUUUAGCAUUUCUGUGUUAGACCAGCGUGUAAAUGACGUCACAGAUUUCAUUAAAAAGUGUAUCACGAGCGAGGCGUUCAGACAACUUGUGAUUGAGCUAUGUUUCUUUAUUAGCUGCUGGCAACCAGAGACAAUCACAUUUUUAUUUUAUUUUUUUAUUGCUGAUGCUUUUUUUUUGUUGAAAAUUUUGAAUAUAUAUUCAUACACUUGAUUCAGUUCAGCGUUUGUGCACUACUGUUUGGGGAAUGUGGUGACAAUCAUGUUGGUUUAUCAGUCUCUCUUAAAUGUUAUUUUAUGAUUUGCUUGUUUUGUUUUGUCUCCUGAGUGUUACACAACAGUCUCUUGGGAAAAUCUAAUAAAUGUUUUUUUUGUUUUGUUUUUUUACACAAAGUCAUGUUCAGAGUGUCAUGUUCCACCUUUGCUUUUGGGUUGCUUUUGUUUUAGAAAUGCUGCUGUGUUGGGCUCAUUGUCUUCAGAUGUCAGAUGGCCUCACAUUUGACUCUGAUACUUUAGUACAGAGAGGACUCCAAGGUCAGCUCGGGGACUGCAAGGUGCCCAGGCCUGUGGCUGAAAAACGAGCCAAAAUCAUCCCCCCUCCACCACCAUGCUUGACAGUUUGUAUGAGGCUAUGUUUGGUAAUCUGGCUGUGUGCAUUAUGGAUCACUUUGCAAGCCUUCUGGACCAAUGAUAAGAUCAGUUUGUUCAGAUGAAGCUUUGCAAACCUGAGGUGUGCUGUCAUGUUCUUUUAGAGAGAAGACUACUCUUCCUACUGGCAACCCAUCUAAACAAGCCAUACUUAUUCAGCCUUUUUCUAACUGAACUGUCAUGAACACUAAAAUUUAAUGUGCUAAACGAGGCCCAUGGAGUCUCAGAGGAAGCUCUUGGCAGUGCAGUGAGCGCUCACUGACCUUGGGGUGAAUCCACUGGCAAGAUUGUGACAUUGUGUUAAAACACAGCUAAUAUAGAGGUGGUCACACUUGCUUUUUGUCAGCAGCAUGUGACUACUACCUGCCCUCUUUAUUCCUAUGGAAGCAAGUAAGUGUGUACUUCAGUCAAGUGAAAAAACUGUUCUAAAUUUAUACUUGAGAAAAGGUCGACUCC